UUGAUCUUUCUCGAUCCCUAUUCGCAAUUCUCUCUAUAAAAGUCUUGUUUAAAGAUUAUUCGCUUCUGCGUGCAGUUGAAGGCAAUUUUAGGGCAGCAAUAAUACUUUUCUGGAAUUUAAAUCAGCAGGCAAAAAGUCAAAUAAACAUGAGACCAUCUCCAUUUUCUAAAAAUAAUAAUUUGCACCUAACAAACAAUAAAGAAUAGUCUGAGCCGGUUCUCAUUUUUCCUAUUUAACAACCAUGUCAGUGAAGCCAAUAGUACUCAAGUCUCAAUAUCUACUUGAGAUCAUCUCCUUUCUACUUGAUUCUUGAAACGCCGGUCAAUUUCUCCGAUCAUGGCGGUUUCCGGCGUGUCUCGGCUCAUAUUGGCCUUGACCUGCGCAGCUCUGGUCUUAGCCGGCUACUCUGUUUACCAGAACUCAGUACCCGCCGCCGCAGACGGCCAAAUCGGGCAGCUUAGUAAGGUCAUGAUGAUCCCCGCUUGGUUGGACGACACACUAGACGCGGCCGACUUGUUGUCUUACUUCGGUUUUGGGAAAUCCUCCGGCAAGCUUUCCACCCAAGCUUGUGUCUUUGCCGCCGUGAAAGAAGUUGUGGACGCCGCCAUUAACGCGGAGGCUCGCAUGGGCGCCUCCCUCAUCCGUCUCCACUUCCACGACUGCUUUGUUGAUGGAUGUGACGCUGGGAUCCUGCUGAACGACACCGCCAGCUUCACCGGGGAACAGGGUGCAGCGCCGAACAGUGGUUCGGUGAGAGGGUUCAGCGUGAUCGAGCAAGCCAAACUCAACGCUAAAACUAAGUGCUCCGACACGCCCGUUUCCUGUGCUGAUGUGUUGGCUAUUGCUGCUCGCGACUCCUAUGCGAAAUUCACGGGUCGAACCUACAACAUAACCUUAGGCGCGAGGCGUGAUGCACGAACCGCGAAUUUAACCGGAGCAAACACCCAACUUCCAGCACCAUUCGACAACCUCACCGUCCAAACUCAGAAGUUUGCGGAUAAAAACUUUAGCCAGCGAGAGAUGGUGGCCUUGGCGGGAGCACACACCAUUGGGGUUUCCCGGUGUGUGCUUUUGUGCCAGAGCGGUAAUCUGAACGCCAACAGGACCGCCACCUUGGCAUGCAACUGCACUGCCCCCGGCACAGCGGUGGUUGGCAUGGACCCCACACCCACAACGUUCGACAAGAGAUACUAUGAGGAGUUGGUCAAAGGUCAAGGCCUUUUCUUUUCCGACGCAGAACUGAUGAGCAGUAACACGACUGGCACCGUCGCGAGGAGGUACAGGGAUGCCACUGGUGCUUUCCUCACCGACUUCACUGCCGCCAUGGUGAAGAUGAGCAACUUGCCGCCUUCGGCCGGAGUUCAACUCGAAAUUCGCGACGUCUGCGGUCGUGUUAAUGCCAACUCUGUUGAGUCUAUGUAAAUAAUAGUGUCACUCUUUCACUCACUCUCUUUUUUACCGUUAAUGGUGACUAAGAAUGAAGAUAGCUAUGUGAGAAUUUCACUUUGAUAGUGAGGUUUUGACUACGUUUUGUUGAACAAUAAUAAUAAACGCGGAUGAAAGAAGGGGGCUUUGUUUUCUUAUCAGCAUUUUAUUAGUUAGUGUGUGGGUAAUACUGCUUCCAAUCUACCAUAUAGGGGCAGGGUUGUGUGUUUCGAUUUUGGUUCAGUUUGGGUUUUCAAUAUAAUAUUAGUUCGAUUUCAAUCAAAGUUGGGUGAAUGUACUAAACAAAAAUCGAACUAUGUUUGAGUUUCAAUGUUGGGUGAAUGUACUAAACAAAAAUCGAACUAUGUUUGAGUUUGAUUUGAUUAAUUUAGUUUGAGUUUGUUUGGUGUUAAUAUUUUAUUUUAAUAGGUUUAUAUAAUACGGAGUACUAUACUUGUGAAUCUUGG